AUGCCUUUCGCCCUCGACACGCUUCCACUCGACGUACUCAUUAGCGUUGCCACCCUUCUCGAUCCCCCUGAUGUUGUGCAUCUACGACGUACUUCAAGUCGCCUGCGAAAUCUAUCAUACGAGCGUGUCAUCUGGGUUGCGCUUUACAAGGCAUACCGCCUUGCACUCCCUAUUGGCCCCCUACCAACGCAGACGCGACAAGUGCUCAAGGAACGCCUCUUACGCUCAUACUCGACCCAUCAGAAUCUAUUCGUUGCACCGAAAGAGCCUCGAUCCCGCCUCUAUGACACUGGCGAUAAGGUUCACUUCGAGGUGACAGGGAGAUGGGCAUUCUCAAAGGAUCCCGAAGGCACGCGAGUCCUGUGUUAUGAUCUCGACAGCAUGCACCACGACGCUCGUGAGCCAAGUACGGUUUGGGUGAAUGACGAAGAUGAGUAUUGUAUCUGGAACACGCUUUGUCGGACUGUUACCCUCCGUGACGGACGACAGUUUAGUCUCGUGCUCUUGGAGCUCCGGAGGAAGGACCUCAUCAAGAACGCCAUGUAUGGCUUCUACCCCUCCCCUGGAUGUAAGAGAGACUCAAAAUCAAUGUUCUCCACCAAACUCGUCGUCCUCAAGGUGAAGUCUACUGAAAGCUCUGGUGGUGCUCUUGCCUUGGAAGAACUGUACAGACAUGAACACGUCAUCUAUGACUCCCCGUCCCGCUUACUUGUAGAGCUGAGCCCUUCUGCGCUUGUUGUGCAGUGGGCAGGUGAUCCGGAAGAGGCCUUCGUGUGGGACACAGAGAAGCUAGACUCCAAACCGGUGACCAUCACCCACGGCCAUGCCUCAUUCUCAAAGUUUGUUCUGCAUACGUGCUCCAAGACCCACAUCAUCUCGCGCAGGUCUUCCACGGACAUACUAGGAACCGUCAUAGAAGCAACACCUCUCCAGACCGUUUUUACUGACAGCGCGCUCCGUCCCACGGCCGUGGCAAAUAUGCCCGGCACCAUGUUCAACCGCCUGGCCGUCUUCCGCGACUCGAUCGUCGAUCCAAUCACGGGCUCCACCGAGACUGUCCUGCUCGGGAUCGAGAAACCUGGGCCACGGAAUAAUGACAAGCCGUGCAUCCUCCUCGUCCGGCUGCUCAUUCCGUCGGCAUCCGAAAUUGAUGGCACUAGGCGCCCGGUCGACAUCGACGUCCACCUGCAAACGAUCGCGACCAUUCCGCUGGAGUCGCAGACGAUGCAUCUGAACCCAGCGUGGAACGGGCGCGUCAGGCUAGCGUACUUGCGUGAUGUCCAUACAUCCACCGAGGACGAGGCGAGCAAUCUAGCGGUCGCGAAUGUCGGUUCGGAUAAAGAGCGGAGACAGCUGAGCAUUGUGGAGAUCACGUACGAUGGGGUCGCUCGGAGCGCGACGAUGUGUGCUGUUGAGAAGGUCAGUCUCCCGGACAGCGCUCGGGACGUCUUCAACCACCGGCGUAUGCGAUUCGUGUCGUUUGAGGCCGAGCUGGGGUCUGGGAGGCUUGUCUAUAGCUGCCCUCUGGGGGACUAUCGGUCGCCGUUGGGCAAGUUGGGCGUUUUGGACUUUGCUUGA